CUUGUCACCUCUAUUCACCACACCCUGCCUGUUUGCGUACUCCAAGUUUUUGUAUCCGUCUCAAAUCUGUUCCUGCCUUAAGUUUGGUUUGUAAUUUUGUGUUUGUAUUCUUGUCUGUCAGUAGUUCCUUGGUUCGUUUCUCUGGUUGGUUUUAGUUCUUUUUACUUUGCUCCCUGACCAAUCUGUUUAGUUUAGCUUGGGUGUUUUUGUUUCAUUUCCCUGUCAAGUGGAGCCUCUGCAUUUUUUCCUUUAGUUCUUGUUCAGUAUUUUUCUGCUAGAACUAUUCCCCAGAUUAUUUUGGGUCCUUCUGUGCCUUAAGACUUCACAAGAUCAGCAGGGAAUUUAACUGCAAUGGCACACAUUUCUUAAAGUAAUGAACUUUUUAAAAACAGUAAAAAUGUGGCAAGAGACUUGAAAAUUUUGUAGGUAUUUGGCUGACUAGUGCUCAUUGUUACAUAUAAACAGUGUAGUCAAGGGAAUGGUUUUCAGUUUUUUUCCUCAGAGCCUGCUCUCUUUGAAUAAAUUAAACUGUAAGAUACAGUUGGUCCCCUUCCCCAAAGUAUUAGACAUCUCCAAAAGUAUCACUACACCAGCUGAUCUGAGAAUUAGCUCUAGAGCUCUACUGCACAUGUGCCAUACUCAAGGCCCGGAUCAUUUUAUGUGGCCCUCGAAAGCUUAAAAUGCGUAUGGUUGUGUUCAAAUAAAAGCCCAGACUAAUUGAAAGCGUACACUGACCAUAAACUACAUCUUCCACAUUGCCCGUCGAAUUCGGGACCCGCGGAGUAUUGCCAUCCCACCACUAGAUGGCAGUGUUUUACCUUCAUUUAACCAGCAACUUCCAGGUGGCGACAAAAUACCGACCGCUUUAGGAAGCGUUUUGUACCAGGUCUCUACUUUAUUACAUCGCCAGCAUCGUCUCGACAUUGUACAUAUGUUAAGGUGACACCAGCCAGUUGUUUGAAUCGUCAAGAUACGGAAUGAAGUCACUGGAAUGCAAAGCCACUUUCGUCUCAACGUAAGUUUUAGGAAAUUUAUUCUCAAAUGUAGUCUUAACAGUUGGCCUGCCCGAACCGAAGUGCUGGGGGUGUGGAGGCUCAAGUUUAAAGCAGGCUUGUUGCGUCCUCGAGUCCAGGCUACGGAGUAGCUUCGACUUCGUCUUCAGUCAUGGCUGACCAGGCUUUUGUGACGUUGGUGACCAAUGACAGCUAUGCUCGGGGAGCCAUGGUUUUGGGCAUGUCCCUGCGUAACCACAAGACAUCCAAGAAGUUGGUGAUACUGGUCACACAAGUGUCGGAGCCUUACCUGUCUGUCCUGAGAAGGAUCUAUGAUGAGGUGCGGGUGGUGGACACACUGGACAGCGGUGACACAGCACACCUGGCCAUGAUGAAGAGGCCUGAACUGGGUGUCACCCUCACUAAACUCCACUGCUGGACCCUGACACAUUACUCCAAAUGUGUUUUUAUGGAUGCAGACACAAUGGUGCUUUCAAAUAUAGAUGAGCUGUUUGAUAGAGAAGAGUUGUCAGCUGCUCCUGACCCUGGCUGGCCCGACUGCUUCAACUCUGGUGUGUUUGUUUAUCGUCCCUCUUUGAAGACUUACGGCAAACUGCUUCAGUAUUGUACCGAGCACGGCAGCUUUGAUGGAGGAGACCAAGGCAUUUUGAAUGGCUUCUUCAGUAGCUGGGCAACAGCUGACAUAUCGAAACACCUCCCCUUCAUCUACAACCUCAGCAGUAUAGCCAUCUACACUUACCUUCCAGCAUUCAAGCAAUAUGGCAGCAAUGCCAAGGUGGUCCAUUUCCUAGGGAAGACCAAGCCAUGGAGUUACACAUAUGACCCCAAAGCCAAACAGAUCAGGGGGAGUGUGCACGAGGCCACCGCACACCCCACCUUCCUCCAGGACUGGUGGACCCUGUACUCCAGUGCUGUGAUGCCCAUGCUGCAGAAGCAACAAGGAGACAAGCCUUUCCAGCCUUUCUUUGGUUGUAUGGAGGGUGAGGGCAUCUCUUCUCAUGAACAAGCCCCCGAACCCCAGUUGUCCUCACAAGAACGGAAGGAGAAAUGGGAGCAAGGUCAGGCGGACUACAUGGGAAUGGACUCAUUUGACAAUAUCAAGAGAAAGCUUGAUACUUUUCUCAAGUAAAGAAGGAACAAAGCAUGAAAUUAUGAAGUUUAAAAGAAUGUCACAAAGGUCUUUAAUGGCAAUAAUAUGAAAUGGAUUGCAUUUUUCUUACAACUUGAAAUGAGUUGUCUCUCCUACCAGUAGCACUACCCCUUCAUAAUUCAAAGACCAUGCAAUUUCAACAGGGAAUUAAGAUUUGAUUUGAUUUUUUUUUUUUAAUGAGGUAACCCCGGAAAUUUGAAGAUUUGCAAUAUAUUUUCAUCUCGGUGCUCUUUUUGUAAAAAGGAAAUGGCAACAAGAGCUGAACUGGGCCUUUUGUGUCUGUUACUGUUUAGGAUUUGCAAUCACUGAAAUGUACAUUCAUUUUUCAAUUUUUUUUUUUUUUUUUUACUAUGUAGUAUUUGCAGGCUUCUAAGCAUAGAUGUAGUGCUGCCGGAAAGCACUGGAACUACACUCCGCCACUUUCUCUUCCCAAGAGAGGGAAAAAAAUUGGCCUUCUUGCGCAAUCUGCCUGAAAUUCAUAACGUUGCAUUAUUGAGCAUUUGAAGAUCCAGUCCUCACUAAAGUUAGCUUUGCAAAAUGGAAUGCUUCAAGUCGUUAAAAUUUACGAUGGUGUGAUUGAUUCACAACAUCCCCUCAAACAAUGCAUGCUCAGAUGCGCAGUUGGUACUUGUGAGCAUUUUUGUUCAACCACGUAACGUGCUGAGACAUACACAGACUGUUUUAUCUGUGAAUGAGCAGUGGUAGGUCUGUAUGACACAAGCGGAGCACAAGAUGGCCAAACUGUCACAUACUGACCAGUCGCAAGCCCUACGCACAACUGAGUUCGCUGUUGCUGGUUGACAUGUAAACCAACAUGAAGCAGGAGGAGCUCAGUGAGCAUUCAGUACAUUUUGCAUCUAAUUUCUUGUAGCUUUAGUAUGCAUUUGAUGACUGAUCAUGAAAAAUAUUGGGGGGGACAAAUUUAUAUUUUGGGUGGAACCUGUCCCCUGUUGAUAACACCCUAGUAAUAAGAUUAUCCAUCUAUGGCUAUAACAUUCACCCUGUGACAGAGGGCUAUUAAUGCGCAUUGUUAUUCUGGCACCAGAAAAAAUGGGUUUAACAUUUGAUCGUGUGGACAGUUGCAUAGAAAGUGUUAACAUGGCCCCUGAAACAAGCCACAACUUAACUGUGCACAUGCAUGCAUGCAUCCAUGUCAUGGGUCCAGUGCUUCAUCAAAUAGCGCUACACCUCUGCUUCUGAAUGUUAACUUUGGAUAUAAAAACAUGUUUACAGCACUUAAAGCCAGUAUGGUCACAGAGCCAUACAUAUAGAUCUUCAGUGCCUUGGUGUCUUGCUCCCCCUACUGCAUCAGCUUGUGUUCUUGAUUUGCAGCUUUUCUUGUUAGCUGUACUAUGUAUUUCACCUGGAAUUAUUAAAAACUGUAAAAGGAGUUGGUGAAACUGAUACCACUGAAAUGGUUUUUGUGUG